AGACACAAGGAGCGCAGCGCGAAUCCGGAACAGGACAAGCCGCGAGAGCUUACUCAGCACCGGGUGGGCGCGUGUGUUGCUCCCCCGUUUUACCCGAGGAAUUAUUACAUGCUGAUCGUGAUUGGAGAAAUUGCCACAGAGGAUCAGCUUGAGAUCGCAAAAGAGCACAUCAAACGCGGACUGAGAUCUUGGGAUGUGGACCUGACCGCCUGUGACCUAAACAGAGAGCUCCAGCUCUUCCAGAAGCAUCACUCUGCCCAGUUCUCUCAUGAGGUCAAAGGACAAAGAAUACUACAAUACAAGAGUGAUGUUCUUGAAACUGUUGUCUUAGUCAACCCCACUGAGGACACAACGGCUUCUGAGAUUCGUUCUCUGCUCACAGACUCUGCUGGGCAGAAGCUUCUUGUGCUCAGUGGUCAAGCAUCAGAUCAGGCUGGUGACGUCAUACUGCAAAGUGGAGUCUUUACCUGCAAGCAUUUCUCAGACAUCAUUGCUGAUCCUGAGGUGAAAGGUCUACUAAGCAAGUGGGCUCCAGAGCAGAAAGCCAGUCUCACCGUGUCCUGCCAGGGAGAAGGGGGCUGGAGCUCCCUAGGCCUCAUAGAGGAGAAGAGCUUUCGGGAGGUCCUGGACUACCGUCUAAACCCAGACACCACACUGCCAGAGAUGGAAGGAGUCACAGAGUUCACCGAGUACAUUUCGGAGACGGUGGAUGUCCCAUCACCCUUUGAGCUCCUGGAGCCACCCACCUCCGGGGGCUUCCUGAAGCUGUCCAAGCCCUGCUGCUACAUCUUCCCUGGAGGCCGGGGAGACUCGGCCCUAUUUGCCGUGAAUGGCUUCAAUAUCCUGAUCGACGGUGGAUCUGACCGGAGGUCUUGCUUCUGGAAACUAGUGAGACACUUGGACCGUAUAGACUCAGUCCUUCUCACACACAUUGGGGCAGACAAUCUGCCAGGGAUCAAUGGUCUCUUUCAAAGGAAGAUUGCAGAGCAGCAGGAAGAAGACCAGUCACAAGGUGUCAACGGCUACGGUGACUGGAUAAAGAACCUGAUCUCACCAGAGCUUGGCAUUGUGUUCUUUAAUGUUCCCGAGAAGCUACGCUCACCUGAAUCAACUUUGAAAGUUAAGAGGAGUAUCGAGGAAGCCUCACUAACUCUUCAGUACCUCAGCAAGCUAGGGAUAAAGCCUGAGCCACUCUCUAGGGGUGUCAGUAACACUAUUGAACCUGUCACUCUCUUUCACAAACUGGGUGUGGGCAAGCUAGACAUGUAUGUCCUCAACCCUGUGAAGGACAGUAAGGAGAUGCAGUUCUUCAUGCAGAAGUGGGCAGGGAACAGCAAGGCCAAAACUGGCAUUGUGAUGCCUAACGGGAAAGAAGGGGAAGUAUCUGUUCCAUAUCUCACGUCUGUAAGUGCCCUGGUCGUCUGGAUUCCAGCCAGCCCUACAGAGAAGAUUGUAAGAGUUCUGUUCCCAGGCAAUGCCCCACAGAACAAGAUAUUUGAGGGACUUGAAAAGCUAAAGCACCUGGAUUUCUUGCGAUACCCUGUUGCCACUCAAAAGGAAAUGUCAUCUGGAGCUCCACCACCAGUGAUUAAGCAAACCAAAAUGAAGCUGAGAACAGAUAGUAAGGAGAGCCUAAAAUCCUCACCAAAACCGAAAGCAAGCAAGAAAGAAACUAAUGGACUUGAUGAUGCAGAAUCCAAAAGUGACUCUGUCAAAGAGAGUAAAGUAGAGAAGAAAGAGGUCAAAAAAAUAAAGGAGAGUGUCAAUGCAUCAAAACCACCCAAAGCGAAGGAAAACACAACAAAGAUAGCCGAAGUGGCUAAACCGGAGAAAAAGAAACCUCUUAAAGAAAAGUCACUGAAAAAACAUAUCAAUGAGAGGGCAUCUAAGAUGGAUGAAAAGAAAGAUAAAGAAAAAAAGGAGAUAAAGAAAGAGAAACGUGUCAAAAAAGAGGACACUGUGAAGAAAGAGGAGAAAAAAGAAACCAAGGCGAAGGAAGAAAAAAAGAAGGAAACCAGUGGCAAACCAGAACUAAAAAAAAUUACUAAACCAGAUCUGAAACCUUUCACUCCUGAGGUCAGAAAGACACUAAACAAGGCCAAGGCACAAGGAAAGCCCAAGACAGAUAAGAAUAAAGCAGCUAAAGAAUCAGCUGAGAAAAAGGUACCUUCAAGGCAACCCUCCAAGGAACUCCUGGAGGACAGGUCAUUGCUUUCAUCUCCUGAGGAUCUUACCAAGGACUUUGAGGCACUGAAACAGGAGAUGGACAAGGAGCCAAUGAAGACUGCUCAAGUUUCAUCUGUGGCAGGCCUUGUAGGAGACAAAGUACUCCAGACUGUCCCUCCUGCAUUCUCAGACACUAAAGUCCCCCAAAUUGUGUCUCCUGAUGAAGGAAUAACCACAACAGAUGUUGAAACAGAAUCCCCUCAUGAGGAGAAGAAGCCACUGAAAGAGGAAAAAAUCCAACCUCAAGGAAAAUUCUCUGAGAAAUAUGAGGACGAGGAUGCUGCCUCAGAGGAUGAUGAAGAUGAAGAGUACAACAUGGACACUAUCAAAAGGAAACCCCUUGCAGCUAAAGGAUAUGAAGAGAAAGACAAAAAGUGGCAGGAUGUUAAAGACACCAAAGAAGAUGUCAAGAUGAAGUCAAAAAAGAGUGAGAGUGAGGAAGAGGAAGAUGUGAUCGAGAAAGCAGAGUUGGAGGAGGCUGAAGAUCUAGUCUGUGAAGAUGAGCUGAAGUACAAAACAGAUGAGGCAAAAAAAGAGAAAACUGGCAAGGACUGGGAUGACAAACCCCUUGAAUCUAAAGCUGCCAAAACUACAAGUGCCUCAGAGCACAUCUCUUUCAUUCAAGAUGAGACCAUUCCUGGCUACUCAGAAACUGAGCAGACCAUUUCUGAUGAGGAGAUCCAUGAUGACUUGGAAGACAGGAUUCCUCACCUCCGCUACGAUGUUGGCUCCUAUGACAUUUCAGUUCCAGAUGAGCCAGGUUCCUUUGACACCAUCCAUGGUAUGAAGGAGAUGAAAGCUUCAGCUAUGUCUGGCAUGUCUGCUUUGUCAGCAAAAGGCUACAUCGGGGCCCAGGAAUCUACUUUAGCGUAUGCUUCCAAUGUCAUCAUAUCAGCUCCUCUGGCUGAGGAAGAACAUAUUUCUUCAGCUACUUCUAUCACAGAAUGUGACAAAUUGUCAUCAUUCGCUACCUCCAUCACUGAGGACCAGUCUAUUGCUUCUGUGACGGCCCCUCAAACAGAAGAGACUUGCCGAAGCUCUCUGCUUCUGGAUACGGUCAACAGCAUACCCUUUUCUAUUCGUACUGAUGCUACCCAGGGAAAAGAGUACUUACAUUCUGCAGGAACAAUCUCACCAACAUCCUCUCUGGAAGAGGACAAGUGCUUCAAGUCUCCUCCCUCAGAGGAAUACCAGCCCAUUGUUCCAGAAAUGGAGGCUGGUCAUAAGACUAUCCCCAAGGCCCAUGAGGAAGAAGAUGAUGAUGAUGAAGAUGAGGACCAGACACCUAAUGCUGACAUUUCACUGAGCAAACUUCAUGAAGGAUAUGCUUCCUCUUCUUUUCUCCAGGACAAAGACAAAGACUUCAAGAAGUCUCCCACUGCAGUGUUGCCUCCCUCUCUCUCUUCACUGUCUUCAUUCCCUCCUAAAGCACAAGAGGUGAAACCAGUGUCUGUUUCCAAGGAUGAAACAAAGAGUGAUUCCACUGAGAAAUCAUUCUCUCCAUCACCAUAUUUCUCUGGCGCUUUUGAUAGAAGUGCUGGCUCUGAGAGUGAGGGCCCUGAUGACAGCACUGCCAGGAUAGCUUCUCCCACACUUUCAGGACCAACCAGCAGUGGGUACUCACCCACAGAGGACAAGGCACCAAAGUCAGUGACAGGAGAGAAGAAGGAUGAGCCCAAGAUAGACUCCUACAAGUUUGACCAGUUUGAAUCUGACCUUGAUAAAAAGACUGUGACUUCUUCUCAAGGGAAAGACAGUGAGCUAAUGGAAAGGGGGUUCUCCAGUGAUAGGGCUACUUUUGAUGAGUCUGAGGAAGAAGAGGACAGUGAAGAUGACUACUUUGCCAAACAGGAUAAAGAGAAGGAAAUUCUUGGUAAGUCAAGUUUUGACAAGGAAAGGGAGGGCACAUUCUUGGAUGAUGAGUACAGCUGUGAGCCAAAGUCCCUGAAAGAUGAAAAGCAGUUUGAGAAGGAGGGAACAGAAAAGAAAGACAAGGGUGAUGCUGCCUGGGAUAAGAAACCUAUAGCUCAGUUUCAACACUCAGAUGAGGAUGACGAUGAAGAUGAAGAUAAGCCAUUGGAUGUCCUUCGCUCAGGAGUGACUGUGUCUGAACUGUCUUCUGAGACAAGUAAAUUUGAUACCAUGUCCAAUAAGUUUGGCAGAACAGAGACAUCAGAAAAACAAGAGCACUCCUCAGUAGGCUUCAAGGAAAGUGAACGAAGUGUGCACUUUGACCAGUUAUCCUUAGCAGAGCGUGAACACCGAAAGAAGGAGUUUGCAGAAACAAGACAAGACACUCCUUAUGUAGAUGGGAAAAGUUUCACUUAUUCUGACAUUUAUGACAGCCGAUCCAGUUCAUCCGACUCAUAUUGCUAUGGCUCUGAAAAUCAGAAGGACCAGAAAGAUAAAUUUGACAAAGCUGACACAAAGGAAACACAGAAAACAGAGUCCUUCCUUUCAAUGGGAACAGAGAAAAAAGCUGACAAAGAUGCACCUUUGAGUUCUUUGGCGGAGCCUGAUUUAAAAACCACAAGCACCCUAUCAGACUUCAGUGCUAUGUCUGUGGGACUUCCGACCAAUACAGCAAGUAAGACCGAAAAAGAGCCUGUGCAGAAAACAGUGCAAAUUAGUUCCCCUUUCUCAGAUCAUUCCACAAUAGGUAGUUCUUUUACAGGCAAAUCCUUGAGCUACCAUGAAAAAGAAGCUGCCUUGGAGAGAGAUGUGAUACGAUCAGUGUAUGGUGAAGGCGACGAUGAUGAUGAUGAUGAUGAUGAUGAUGAUGAUGAUGAUGAUGAUGAUGGAGAUGAAAAGUACAAAUACAACUACACUUUUGACAAAGAAUCUAAGGCUAAAUCUGAGAAAGAGUCAAAGAAUCCAUUUGACUUUGUACCCUCCUCAAAACUCCCUGAUGUAAAAGAUGUCAAAGGCAGCACACACGAGCGUGACUUCGAAACAAUCGCGGGGAAAAACACAGCAUCUGGUCCUUUUGGAUUCUCAGACAGCACCAAAGGCACUGAAGAUCUGUCACAAUUUGGAAAAGGAGAUGCUCCUUCACCCUUCUCAUCAAGCCAGACUUCUGUUGGUCCAACAGGAUUCUCCUCUGGUUUUGAUUAUUCCUACGGUGGUGAGAAGGAGUCUCUGCUUUUGAGUCAACAGGGAGACAAAGACAAGAAGGACACUCAAGACCAGUCAUACUUACCUCUAUCAAUGAAGGCGACUGAGGAUAAAUACUACAAGGAUCAGGACAAGGACCAGGACUUUGACAAGCAGAAGACACCUGACCUCCUGGGCAAGAAAUCAGGUGAUUCGGUGUCUCUGGGCUUUAGCUACACCACCACUGCCACUGCCUACUCCUCUUCCUCUUCCUAUAGCCACUCCUCCUCAGCCUCUGCCUCACUCAACACCAGCCGACAGUUCGGAGAGGAGCUUGAGACACCGGCCAGUGCUGGCUUUGAGUACUCCUCCUUCAAAGAUGAACACUCACUGGUGAUGGACUCCCCUUUUUCAAGUUCCAGUGGGCUGGUAAAGGAUGAGUACCUUGAAGUCUCGGAGAAGCUCACACCUGCCACCACCACGGCUGAGUCCACCUCGAGUCUCGCUCGAUUCUCUCCCCUUAGCCCCUUUGAGGAAAACAAGCCAUUCCCACCACAGUCCACAGCCUCAGCAGACGACAAGAAAUUAUCUGCCAGCUCUGCAGGAGCCAUGUCAGCUCCACAAGCAGCAUGCUUUUACAAACCAGAGUGGUCAGAUGACUCAAAGAGUCGAGAGCUUGGUGCAUCCGGGCCAUAUUCUCAAUUCAGCCAGACUGCAGGAAAAGAUCCCAUUAAGGACCUUUAUGGAGUGCCUCCAAAGGCUCACUCAGAGCUGUCUGAGAAACAGUACUAUGAAGACACUGAGAGUGAAAGUGAGGAGGAGGACUAUGUCUGUGAAACUAAGCUCAAAUCACCAUGCCAAAGAUCUCCAUUUGAUACCCACAUUACAGAGAGCAGGGAAGGAGUCCUGUCUAGCUUGUCUGAGAAAAAGGUGACAUCGCCUUCCGGCAAAGCUCUCCCUGAUGUCCUUACCUCAUAUGGAUCCUCAUCCACAAAGCCAGACACCUCAAAUGAACUAACCAAGGUAGCCACAAGCUCCCCGAAUCCUUUUGGUCUGGCCAGUGGGAUGAUGUCCAGCCAGGCUAAAGCAGAGCCGAGAGGAGCAGAGAUGGAUGUCAGCAAAGUGAGGAGUCCCUUCGAGUGGGAACUGCAGCAGCAAAGAGGAAUCUACCCUGGAGCCUCUCCUCCUCACUAUAGACAUGAGGAUGAGUAUGAGGAAGAGGAGGAGAUGGAACCAGAGCAUCCUCCUCGCCCUCUGUCUCUGGCAUCUGCUGACCAGACCUUCCAUUCCGCUUACUACACUGAGGACAGUGGUAAGCAUGAUGAUGACUCAGAUCAGCCUCCUGAUGUCUGCAUGGGAGCUUCCUCUUACUCCUCGACCAAGAAAUCCCCAGGGUACUCAGCAUCAGAGUUCAAACAGAGGAAGGGUGACAUCUCUCCAUCAUUCAUCAACCCAAGCCUCCAGCACUUUGGCAGUGAUGAGGAUGAGGAUAGCGAUCGGUCCCAGGAGGGCAUUGACCAACAACAUCCAUCUGGCAAGGGUAGAUCACAAUCACACCAUUCCUAUGGCCACAACAGGGACAUGUUUGGAGCAAUGGCAGCAGGAAUUGCUGCUGAAGAAACACCCCCAACCUCUGUUAGCGAGUCUUUACCUUCGCAGUCAGACUCAGAUGUGCCACCUGGAACAGAGGAGUGCCCAUCAAGUGAGGCACGAGAAGCCAAUGUAGACUCAGACGAGGAUGCAGAUUUUCUGCCAGUGGAUAAGUCUUCAGAUAUGGCUUUUGGUGGUGGAGGCUAUUACUCCUCAUCUAGGUCAUCAGGAAAAACCCAUGAUCCUCCACCUGCACCCAUGAUGGACCCGGCUCCUCACCCCCCACACCCAGAUGUGUGCAUGGUGGACCCAGAGGCCCUGAACCUUGACCAGAACCUCACAGAGAAGCAGCAGCUGAAAAAAGACUUAAAGGCCAAGAGUCCCAAGAAAUCCCUUGGGAAACCAAAGUCUGGCUCACCGGCAGGCAGACGCAAAAGGUCUCCAACCCCUGCAAAACAGACCUCGAAGGACUCCUCGCCUAGGAGCACUUCCUUGAAGAAGAAGGAUGUUGAGAAAUCAUCAAGGAUGUCUCGUACGUCAGAUGGACAGGGUUCUAAAGAGGAUGACAUGUCCAGGUCAAGCUACAACCCUGCCAAAGGGCUUGUCAAUGGAGUAAAGAGCUCCACAGGCUCUAACUUUUCCAAAUCCAGUUCCUGUGGGAGUCCAAUCUAUGUGGAUCUAGCCUACAUUCCCAAUCACUGCAGUGCAAAGAAUGUAGACCAGGAGUUCUUCAAGCGUGUUCGCUCAGCCUACUAUGUGGUGAGCGGGAAUGACCCAGGAAGCGAGGAGCCUAGCCGCAGGGUUCUGGAUGCACUGUUGGAUGGAAAGGCUCAGUGGGGAUCCAAUCUCCAGGUGACCCUGAUCCCCACGCACGACACCGAGGUGAUGCGUGACUGGUACCAGCAGACACACGAGAGGCAGCAGGAGCUCAACAUCAUGGUGCUGGCCAGCAGCAGCACGGUGGUUAUGCAGGACGAGUCCUUUGCCGCCUGCAAGAUCGAGUUCUAAAAAGCCCUCCUCCCCAAGGUCUCUUCCUCAUCUGUCCUACCCUUUCUCCACCCCACCCUCACCUAACCCCAAUCCACCCUAAUUUCUGCUCUCUGUGUGUUAGAGAUUGGCCCUUUAGAACCCUGUUUGUGAGUUAAUUCUGCAACAGCCACGAAUCCUCGGGUGUUUCAUGUGUGUUUAUAUUGGUUGUUGUUCAGUUGUUUUUUGUCUUUAAUGAUGAUUUCGUUGAUGUUAGUUUUUUCCAUAUUGUUGUGUCAUAUUGCCGAAGAAAGAAGUACUUUAGAGUGGGAAGGUACAGAGAGUGGGAUUGAUUGACAGAUUAAUCGACUGACUGAUAGGCUCAUGGGGCACAGUUUGCUUGUGUCUCUUGUGCAUUGUACUGUACAACUGAGUGUUAGAGAAGAUGUGCCUUUAACUUGUGGAUGCAUUGCUGCCUUUAAGCCCAAACCAAGCUGUUAGCUUCAUCACUAAACAAAUGACAGAAAACAAAUAGGACUGCCUCUUCUCGAUGACCAUACUCUGUAACAACACAACACAGCCACCAUAACGCUCUCUAUCAACUUCAGUGGAUUUAAAAUGAUACAGUUAUAUACAAGUGUUCCCGGUGCAGUUAGUCAGAUGUAUUUGUAUAUGUUGUUUUAAAUACCUCGACACAACACAACUUCUAAAAAGAUACAUAGACCAUAGGGCUUUCAUCUAUCUGUCUGAACGUUAGCCUCAAAUAAAGUAGGCCGUGUUCACAAUGUUCAUCGUAGGCUGUGGUCAGUUGGAGGUUGAAGUAUUCCUAGCCUGCUAUUUCAGUCCUAGUUUUCCUUCUGUGUGGCAGUCACAGCAUACACAAAACACACAGAUGCAGUGCACUGGGCUUUUGAAGUGCAGUGUAUUAGACAUAGUUGUGAUCCAAGGCUGAUAAAUGCAUGUUCAUCUGGCAGUACAUUUUUGUUUAUGUACAGUUAAGUAUAAUAUCCAGAUCCUGACUCAAACAUAUAUACACACACAUAAAUACAUAUAUAAAUAUAUAUUCUUCCCUAGAUUUACUAUUGACUUAACAAUCAGUUAUGUGUGUAAACUGCUAUGUUAGAAAGUAAUUGUAAUUUGUCAUUUGAUUUCAUGACAACUAAGUGUGAACUAAAUAUUAUUUUUUGUAUGUUAAUUUUUUAACAAGGCCUAAAAGAACUAGAUAAUGUAAACGGUUAAGAUUAUGUGUUAAUAUGUUGUCAAAUGUUUUCCAGUCUCUAAUUUAUUAUCUUGUGUUUUUGCUUUACUGGAAGGAACACAUUUCAAUUGUGCUGAUUGUAGAUUGAGCUCUGUGCUAACAGUUAGAUAAAUGCCUCACAAACACCUGACAUCUUCAGGGUUAUCGUUUUAGUGACUCAGAUGUUAAUUAGCCUUUGGAGUUGUUUUUAAGCCUUUUGAAAGGUAGGGAAGAGGAUACUGUAUGAAAUGAUGGUAAAAUACAUUCCAUUUUACCACUGCAUACUUCAUCCUUUCCCUGUUUUGCCAUUAUAUGAAGUUGCACUUUUUCGUUCAUAAUAUUAUUCAGGUUGCUUUGUUGUUCCCUCAUCCUAAUUAAGAUAUUUUAUGCAUGUUAAAGAAGUUAAGAUACCCAUUGUAAAUUAUUUUGACUUAUUUGAGGGUAUGUGUUUUGAUGGGGAUGAUUUUCAUCUGCAGAGAGAUGACUGAGAUGAUUGAGACUAAAUGCAGGCUGCAAGCAAUAGGAUGAGCCUCUUGGCAAUGCCAGCCCUGGCUUCUCAGAAAAAAGGAGAGGCUUGUUGGGACCGUCUUGAGGGACUUGUUUGACAGAAUGAGGAUUUGCACAUUGAUGCUGAGAGAAUGAGAAGAUGGCUGGGUUUUACCUACAAUAGAUAAGCACAUUGUGAACAUCACCAGCUUGAUUGCUUUUGGAUAAUGCACUGCAGAUUUCACUUGGUAACACCUGACUUAGACAGUUAUCAGUGUCAUCUGGCUUGGAAAAUUUGUUUGAAUUAGGACUCAUGAAUCGUAGCUCGUAGUAUAUUAACUUGCAAGUCCACAAUUGGCUAAAUGUUGAAAAGAAGCACACGCCGGUAUUGUUAUUUAACUCCAAAUGCAUUUGGAAGGAAAUGACCCCCACACUGACUACAGACAUAUUCUGCUUUGGUUAUUGCAAUUUUGGUAAUAUUGACAUUAGAAAUUAAUAUAGGGUAGCAAUAUGUAAAUUGGGAGUGGGAGUUCAAUAAAAGCAUGGUGAAUCACUUGUUUUGUAAUACAGUUGCCAGUGAGUUUAGUGAGGAGUAGACAGAUGUGUGUGUGUGUGUCUGUCUAAAGGGACCAGAGAUCCAAUCCUUGUUUUGUUUUUCUUUUCUGAUCUUAGGACAAAAUGGCCAAAGGUCCUGUUGACAGUUUCCUAUCAGUGUCGAGUAGAGAUUUUUUAUUUGGAAUAAUACUUUUAGAAUAAAAAAGGUAAUAAGAUUGCACUAACAAACUGUUGACUUGAUCGACUUUGCUCAAGUCCGUAUGUCCAAAGUUUCAGUGUCUGACCUAUUAAGAUAAAACUAGCCUCUGUAUUUAUUCAUCAUCAAGCUAAAUGCAACAAAUACGUGUGACAAUUGAAAAAAAAGGUCUCUUAUGCCCUUGAUGACAAGGCUGGAGGCUCCACAAUCUCCACACAAUCUUAACUGCUAACACAUUAUUCUUUGUCUUCUCUCUGUCCGGAAAAUUAGAAAAAAAAAAUUGUACAACCUCAAUAGUGAACUUAACAGUGGUGCUAUUUGCAAUCCUUUCAAGGGAAAAAAAAAAGAAGACGCUGGCGUGUGCUGCUAUGUAAAGUGUGUGCGACAUAUAGAAUAUGUGCAUGUAUAUUAUAUCAUGGGGAGCUUGGGGAGGGCAAGCCAACCGUCGGGGUUGCACACAUAAGCUUGUGAAUGCUCAGUUUUCUUCCCCUCACAUUUUUCUCCCCUCACGUGACUGUUUGGCAUUGUUCAUGCGGUCCCUUCAUGACAAAUAAGGAGAAUGACAUGUUGAAGUUGAUAGUGUGUCCAAUAAAAGCUGCAAACCACCCUUUUUCCUUCA